AUGCUCGCUCUCACGCUCGCCGCCGCGCGCGCGGCGUACGAGCGCACGCCGCGGGCUGUCGUCAUCAACCUGCCGCGGCAUUCAAAGCGGCUCGACGCCGUGCGGGCGCAGCUGAGGGCGCAGGGCGUCUCUUGGGAGAAGAUGCCGGCAGUCGACGGCAGAGCGCUGUCGAAGGAGGAGCUGAAGGCGAACGUGACGGUCCUGGGCAGGCAUCUGCUAACACCGGGCAUGAUUGGCUGCUUCCUCUCCCACCGCGGCUGUUGGCGCCGCUGCGUCCAGUCUGGAAAGCCGCUGAUUGUGUUUGAGGACGACGCCGUGCUCAUGCCGUCCUUCCGCCGACGGCUCGCCGCGGCGCUGGCCGAGCUGCGCGAGGACGACGAGUGGGACGUCCUCUUGCUCGGCGCGUUUGGCUGCGUCCACCCGAGCGGCAGGGACGAGGAGGGCGGAGGUGCUGCCGGGCUCGGCGGGGCUGCACGCGCCCGCAAGCUGCUCGAGAAGCUUCCGCGCGCCUGCUUCCACGUCGACAACGUCGCGUGGGGGCUACGGCCGUUGCGGCUGCUCUGCGUCCACCCGCUGCUCGCAAAGCAGACGCACAGCGACACGACCGUCGGCGGCCUGUCUGGAGAGGAGUGGAUCCCGGCCUGGUUCAAGCAGGUGGACGACUACACGGGCGUCUCCUUCUCGUGGGCGUGGAAUUGCCCGAUGGUCCGCCUCGGCCGCGGAGGGCCGCUCGUGACCGUCGGCCGCGCCUUCGGCUGCAGCUGCAUCGCCCUCACGGCGGCGGUGCUGCACGCCUCGAUCACGCGCUCGCUCGCGCUGCUGCAGGCGUGGGCCGCCUCCGUCUUCGCCUUCGGAGCUCUGAUCCGCCUCCUCUCUUCGCAACACAAGUAG